AUGGAAAGAUUGAAGGAGCUUACCCAGUUGGGAAAAGAGAUGGGGUUAACCGCCAAGGAUUUGAAGGCAUUUGUGACGGAACAGCAAAAUGCUGAGCGAGAAGAACGGGUGUCCGAGAGGGAGAAAGAACGAGAGGAGAGAGAGGCUGAGAGGAGAGAGAAAGAGAGGGAGCAGAAGGAUCGUGAGCGUGAGGAAGAUAGGAAGGAACGAGAACUUGAGCAUCAGCGGCGGUUGGAAUUAUUACAGGAGCAACAGAAACUGGCAGUGUCAACAGCUAAGACCACCACCAGCACCACCAAAGUUACGCCAAAGACUCCGAGACUUCCCACAUUUGACGAGACAAAGGAUGACAUGGAUGCCUAUCUUCAUCGUUUUGAGCGUUAUGCAGAGGCCCAAUCGUGGGACAAAGACCAAUGGGGUGUAAAUCUUGGGGCCCUGCUGAAGGGAAAAGCAUUAGAGGUCUACUCCCGCCUCUCAUCGACUGAGGCCAUGGAUUUCCAGAAGUUGAAGGAGGCGCUGUUGGUCCGUUUUGAUUUGACCGUGGAUGGUUUUCAGAAGAGGUUUCGGUCAGCCAAGCCAGACGCAGGGGAAACCUUUGGACAGUUUACCACUCGCCUAAGGAACUAUUUAGACCGAUGGCAGGAGUUGGCGAAAGCGAGUGCAACUUUUGAGGGAAUCGUUGACCUGUUUAUGCGAGAACAGUUUCUCCGUGUCUGUGCACCAGAGUUAAAGCUAUUCUUACGGGAGAGAGUCCCAAACUCUGUCAAGGGUAUGGCAAUAUUAGCUGAUCAGUACAGAGAGGCAAGGGGAGGUAACAUCCUGAAUAUUCUUUACCGGCCUAGAGCAACGGUCGGGCCAGAUCCCAGGCAGCCUGAACAAGUAAAGCAGGUCUCUUUGAGGAACACUCCAACUGCUAACAGGGCUGGAAACAGAUCAGAUUCAUCAUUUGGUCAGAAACAGGGUAGCUUUUAUAAGGAUACGAGGAAAUGUAACUACUGUGGUAAAAUUGGUCACAUAGCCAGGUUUUGUCAUACUCGACUUGCAGCAGCAAGUAUGAGAGCUGAGGGACAGCCUACUAAGAUGGAUUCCAGCGGGGGUGAAGCCUCUGAUCAUGAGGUGUCAUACUGUAUGGGAGUGACUCCAACGACGGGUUCAGUUCUCAAUUCCGUCACUGGUGGGAACCCAACCCUCAUAUCCACAAACUGCUCAUCGUCAAUUACUCACACAGGUGGUGGCCUGAAUAGUAUGCCGGUCCACUCAGGGAAAAUUGACGGACAUCCCGCAGUGCUAAGGGUGUUGAGAGACACUGGGUGCAGUGGAGUUGUUAUUAGGAAGGACUUGGUUGAUCCGGCCCGUUACUUAGGAACGACUCAGCGAUGUACCCUCAUAGAUGGAUCGACCUUGACAGUUCCGAUGGCUGCAGUGGCCGUUUACACACCCUUCUAUAAGGGGAAGGUUGAGGCGAUGUGCAUGGAGAAGCCGUUGUAUGACAUCAUAAUUGGUAACAUCGAAGGGGCAAGGGAACCCGGAGACCCGGAUCUCGAUUGGACAGUUGCAGCGGUAUUGACUCGAGCACAGAAAAAGCGUGAGAAGAUGGAUUUGAAGCCACUUAGAGUACCGAAAAUAGUUGGUGACCUGGAAGACAAGGAAAUAUUCCGGAUCGAACAGGCAACUGAUCCUUCACUUACCAAGUUCCACCAAUAUGCAAAGGAUGGAACGCAAAAGCGGAACAAGUAUGGGGCGGUGACAUCUUACAGAUAUAAGAAAUCGCUGUUGUAUCGAAAGUUUGUUUCGCCAAGAGUGGACAAUGGAAAGGAGUAUCUUCAGCUCCUGCUGCCAGUGAAGUUCCGUGUCAAGGUGAUGUACUUGGCCCAUGACUCUCUCAUGGCAGGGCAUUUAGGCCGCAGGAAGACCUAUCAUCGAGUAUUGGACGAGUUCUACUGGCCUGGGAUACAGUCAGAAGUGACUCGUUACUGCCGUUCCUGUGACCUAUGCCAGCGCUUUAUCCCGAAGGGCAGGGUUCUAAAGGUACCACUAGGAAAGAUGCCGUUGAUGGGUUCACCUUUUGAGCGUGUGGCUCUGGAUUUGAUUGGACCCCUGUUUCCGCCAACUGACAGAGGCAACCGCUACAUCCUUACAUUCAUGGACUACGCAACCAGGUACCCGGAAGCAAUCGCACUACCUAAGAUUGAGACAGAACGGGUGGCGGAGGCUUUAGUUGAUAUUUACAGUCGACUGGGUGUGGCUGAAGAAAUACUGACCGACUUAGGUUCGCAGUUUAUCGCUGAUUUGAUGAAGGAAGUGAGCAGACUACUAUCUUUCCAGCGAACUACAACUACACCAUACCAUCCCCAGUGUAAUGGCUUAGUGGAGAAGUUCAAUGGAACGCUCAAGCAGAUGCUCAAGAAAAUGUGUGCUGAGCGUCCGAAGGAUUGGGAUAGAUAUAUCAACCCUCUGCUAUUUGCCUACCGAGAAGUUCCGCAAGAUAGUACCGGAUUUUCCCCAUUUGAACUCCUGUACGGACGGUCAGUGCGGGGACCACUGUCUAUACUUAGACAGUUAUGGUCACAAGAGGACUUGGACCAGGAGGUGAAAACUACAUACCAGUACGUGUUCGAUCUGAGGAACCGUCUGGAGGAGACAUUGAAGUUGGCACAAGACAAUCUGAAGGGGGCAGCCAAGAAACAGAAGCAGUAUUUUGACAAGCGCACUAGAGUACGCCAGAUGAGUGAGGGUGAUGAGGCGUUGGUACUGUUACCCAUUAACGCCAACAAGCUGCUGAUGCAAUGGCGAGGCCCUUACAAGGUUGUUAAGAAGAUUAAUGCCAUGGACUAUAGACUGAUGAUGGAUGGGAAAGAGAGGACCUUCCACAUAAACAUGUUGAAGCAAUAUAUUCCACGUGCACGAGAUCAAGUUGCAGUUGUAGUGGAGGAUGGAGAAGAGCAGUGCGCUGUGGUUUAA